AUGUUACAACAGGAAAAUUUGAAGCAAAUUGAAGCCAAUAUACUGUUUGAUAAAUGUCUUCAGGCUUACAGAGGUCAUGUUGAGAAUCCAUUGGUGAUUCCACAUGUUCUGUUUGAUGCAGCAAAUGUAGGCAACAUUGAGUGCUUGAUUAAGCUUAUUCGUUUUGACUUUGAUCUAUUAUGGAAAAGAAAAGAGAAUAAAAGCAUAUUUCAUGUUGCUGUUGAGAAGCGCCAUGAAAGCAUAUUCAAUUUACUUAAUGAGAUAGGCUCCAUUGGAAAUCUAAUAAUAGAUCAAAAAGAUGGAAGCAACAUGUUGCAUUUAGCAGCAGAAUCGGCACCUGAAGACAAGCUGAAUGCUAUAUCAGGAGCAGCUCUUCAAAUGCAACGAGAAAUAUUAUGGUUCAAGGAGGUGGAAAAGGUUGUACCACCUGCGUUCAAAGAAAUGAAAAAUGGAGGUCAGGAAACACCGUAUGUUUUAUUUAAGAGGACACACAAGGAGUUAAGGACGAAGGGAGAGAAGUGGAUGACAGACACAGCUAAUUGUUCUAUGGUGAUUUCUACACUAAUUGGCUCUAUAAUGUUUAGUGGCCUAAUAGCUGAUGGAUUAGAUGAUGGUUCUAAUCUUUAUCUUGCCUUUUCAAUUUCAAGUGCAAUAGCAUUAUUCUCCUCUUCAACAUCCCUAGUGUUUUUCUUAUCCAUCCUUACCUCCCAUUAUUCCUACGAAGACUUUCUUGCACGGUUACCUACUAGGUUGUUGUAUGGAGUCGCCACACUUUGCAUCUCAAUUGCGGCCAUGAUGGUUGCAUUUCUUACAUCCUUUCGGUUGAAGAAUCUUAACCGGAAGGAAUUACCAGUGAUCUUUGAUGUCAUUGGUUUUUUUGCUUGUGUGCCAAUCUUAUUAUACGUGUUGCUGAUGUGGGACCUAUUUGUUUAUAUAGCCAAAUCUACCUUCUUUCAGUAUAAGCCACGCCAACAUCUACUUUACAAGGAGGUAUCCCACGGACCAGCAAAUCCUCCCAUCCAAGAACUAGGGAAUCUGGCAAGGGUCUGAACUCUGAAUCCAGCACCCACUGCAAUAAUUUGGCGUAUAAAAUAAUUAUUAGCAAUGGCCAUUUAAGUGCGACUAGUCAAUCUUUUAUGUUGCUUUCCAU